GGCUAUCCCAGUGUUUGCAAAAGAUGGAUAAAAUUUUCUAUAUAUAUUCUCAUUCGGACUAACCAUAUUCCUUCACUUCAACCUAGCUAUAACACACCUCUCUUUCAUUCCAAUGGAUUACCUUCCUGCUAUUGGCAUAAUAGCUUCUAUAAUUUUUCUUAUUUCAAAGAUUUUGCAAAUCUGUAGGAUUCUUCUCUGGAGGCCAUAUGCCUUGACUAAACACUUUAAAAAACAAGGGAUCGUAGGGCCACCUUGCUCUAUCCUUUAUGGUUCUCUUCAUGAAGUGAAGAAGCUGAAUAUGGCUGCAAGACAAACUGUUUUAGAUACAAACUCACAUGAUAUUACUCCGAGGAUUGUCCCUCACUACCACAAGUGGUCCUCGUUAUAUGGAGAGACAUUUCUGUAUUGGUUUGGAAUGCAGCCAAGGAUUUGCAUUUCUGACCCCGAGUUGGCUAAACAAAUACUAUCAAACAAGUUUGGCUUCUACGUAAAACCAUCGUCGAGGCCUUCAGUUCAAACACUAGUGGGGAACAAAGGGUUAGUCUUAAUCAGUGGCUUGGACUGGGUUAAGCACAGAAGGAUUAUCAAUCCCGCCUUCUCACUAGACAAGCUCAAGGUUAUGGUAAAAAGAAUGACAGCGUGUACCAUAUCCAAGCUUGAUGAGUGGAACAAUCAAGUUGUUGCAGCUGAGGACCAUUGUCACAGUAUAGAGAUGAAUGGAGAAUUUAAAGAACUAACAGCUGAUAUAAUCGCCCACACUGCCUUUGGCAGUAGCUAUGCCCAAGGGCUGGAGGUCUUUGAGGCACAACAAGAGCUUCAAAAAUAUUGUGCAGCUACACAUACUGACAUUUUCAUCCCUGGCAGCCAAUAUCUUCCUACCCCAUUAAAUCUCCAAAUAUGGAAGCUUGACAAAAAGGUGAAAACUUCACUGAAGAGCAUCAUUGAGAGUAGAUUAAAUUCCAAAGCUACUGGAAGCUCUUGUGAAGUUGAUGAUCUACUUGGUUUGAUGCUUGAAGCCUCAGAAAGUGAUGGGAAACCUAAGUUGAAUGUAAAUGAAAUCAUAGAGGAGUGCAAGACAUUCUUCUUUGCAGGGCAUGAAACCUCCUCC